AGCGGGGAUCUUGCGAGCGGCCUCCUCUCUCCGGAUGACGAGUGGCCGGAGAACAUGGAGUCGGGCAAGAUGGCGCCUCCCAAGAACGCUCCGAGAGACGCCUUGGUGAUGGCACAGAUCCUGAAGGACAUGGGAAUUACGGAGUACGAACCAAGGGUUAUAAACCAAAUGUUGGAAUUUGCUUUCCGAUAUGUGACUACAAUUCUGGAUGAUGCAAAAAUUUAUUCGAGCCAUGCUAAGAAACCUAAUGUUGAUGCAGAUGAUGUGAGACUGGCAAUUCAGUGUCGCGCUGAUCAAUCUUUUACCUCUCCUCCCCCGAGAGAUUUUUUACUGGAUAUCGCAAGGCAGAAAAAUCAAACCCCUUUACCUCUGAUUAAGCCAUAUGCAGGACCCAGACUGCCACCUGACAGAUACUGCUUAACAUCUCCAAACUAUAGGCUGAAGUCCUUAAUUAAAAAGGGACCUAACCAAGGAAGACUAAUUCCACGGUUAAGUGUUGGUGCUGUUAGUAGCAGACCUACCACUCCUACUAUAGCAACCCCACAAACAGUGUCUGUCACAAAUAAAGUUGCACCUCCAGUGUCAGUGGCAAGCCAAAGAUUUACGGUGCAGAUUCCACCUUCUCAGUCCACAUCUGUCAAACCAGUUCCUGCAACAACUGCAGUUCAAAAUGUUCUGAUUAAUCCUUCAGUGAUUGGACCCAAAAAUAUUCUCAUUACCGCUAACAUGGUUUCAUCGCAGACCACGGCCAGUGAAUCAAACCCAUUGAAGAGAAAACAUGAAGAUGAUGAUGACAAUGAUACUAUGUAAGGAAGAUAGCCUAAAUGCAUUUCAGACACAUAGAUGGUUUUGAGCCCAAUAUACUGAACUAGAACAUUCUAGAUCUUCUCAAGUUUUAUCUUAGAAAACUUAAAGGUAGCUGCAAUAUUUUUCAUAUUCAUGUAAACUGUUAGAGUUCUUAAGUAAAGCUGCCAAUGUUUUUUUCAUUAGGCUUCAAGUAGAAAAAGUUAAGCACUUGUUUAAUAGUCUCACUAAUGUUGAGUCCUACUAUGGCAAUUCAGUUUUUGGAAGCUGUUUUCUGCCAUGUGUCACUGACAGCAGCACUUACAUUUCAGUUUAUGCAGCCUGAUCAGUGAACUAAUCUUUAACAGCAUAAUUUCUAAUCUAUAUUCAAGUACUACUUUCUUUUGUGAGGUAAAAUAGUCACUUUUAUUGUCACCAGCUUUUACAAACAAUUCUCUCAAUUUAGUAAACAUUUUGGAGAGAGUGGAUUUAGGAUUCUACAUCCAGUUUUGAAUGUAUUUAAGUUGUUUCUUGGUGUUCCCUAAUCUCCUACCUCCUCAAACCCCGUUUCUAGAUCCCAUUUGUUUUCUGCACCAUCUCCUCCCCAUAGGCUUAAGUUUCUCCCCAUUGCUCUCAAAUUUAAAAGGCUGAAACUGGAAUUUAAAAAAAAAAACACAUUCCUGAUAAUACAGCUUAGUGCAUUUUCAUAUUUUUAAAACCUAUUUUAUAUGCCUUCUGUUCUACAGUUCACUUUAACCUGAAUGUGUGCAUUUGCUGAUUCUCUCCAUACCAGAGCAGUUGAGUUGUAUCCCUUACCUUUUAUGCCCAUUGAGCUUUACUCGCUUUUUGAUAGGUAGUUUUGACUCAGUUACAUUCAGUUUCAGUCUUAUAUUCCAAGUUGAUAACUCUACCAUGUUUCACAUUUCUCAAUUUAACAUAGGUGAUGCUAUAGCUUAAAAUUUGCCUUGAUAAGAAUAUUUACACUGGACCUAGGCAAAACCACUGAAGAGCAAGUGUUUCUUCCUUUUUACCACAUGCUUUGAUCACUACUGCUUGAACCUUCCUCCUAUUGGCAUAAUUCAGAUCAUUUUUCUAGUUUGUUGCUGAGGAUGUCAUACUUAAUAUGGGAUCACACCUCAAAGUUAUCUAAUGGUUUUCCUUCCUCUAGAAGGCCAACAACAAAAACAAAUUAGUGUGAUGUGAAUUGCACUUGGAUACACUCUGCAUAGAUUCCCCAGUAAUGUUACUGAACACCUUUUCCUUUUUUCCAUUUAUACACAUCUAAACACCCUAUUGGGAAAGAGUGCAAAGCUUUCAAAAAUAUAAACAGGUUUGUGCAGUUUCUGUAUAAGCAAAUUCGACGUAUUCAUCUUAAGAGUACUUUUGCAGAAUUUUCUGAAGUGAAUUUUCAAUUUGAGGAUUUUCAAAAUUUAAAAUACAAGUAAGUUUCAUCUGAGAGAAAUAGUCCAGUAAUAAGGAAGAAAUGUCUCAUCAUAUUUUGAGUGGUUUUGGAUAUUAGGAAAAGGUGGUAUCAAACUUAUAAAAACAGAUCUGAUCAACAUCAUAGGAGAGAAAAGUUCAUUAUAUGUAGCAUAGGAUAUCAUUACUUGAAUGUUCUCAGGGAGGCAGCAUGUCAAAAGGCCUAGGUUCUAAACCUAGCUCCGUCAUUUACCAACUGUGUGACCUUACUUCACCUCUGAGCCUUGUUCUCACUAGUAAUAGGAAAGUAACACCAACCCUGCCUACCUCACAGGGAUGUUGUGAGGGUUUAAUUGGUAUAUGUGAAAGUUCUUUCAAAAUUGUAUAAUGCUAUAUAACUAAGGAAUUGUUAAUGUAUUUGUUCCAAGAUUAUUAAUUAAAAAGUUGACUGUA